CAUCGUACCUUAGCAGACGACAGGUUUCAUGUAAGGCCUUGCUCGCAGCGGACAAAAAGAGAUCGCAGCGUACGCUGAGAGCCCGAGGAUCAUAAAGCAGACGACACUUUCGAAACGCAGACGAUCGGCGAAACAGACGACGGGCUUCGGUAGCAGACGAUCUACGCAACAGUUUCGUUUUGCCGCGCUCUAGAGAAGGAAGUGUUGCCAGAGGAAGACACUUCAAAAGAGAGAGUUUCGGAGGAGGCGCCGAAAUUUUGUUGAGCGAGCGCUUUCUUACCUCAGCGUGACGAUAGAAGAACGGAGUGGGCCGUGAAUCAAAGUCGUAUUCUUCUGAAGUUCAGGAAGGAGUCAGCGCAUUUCCGGAAGAGCGGAACGGUCAGUCGGAGCUUCUUGGGUUCAAGCACUGACUACGACUCUCCAAAUUUAGCGUCGAAAGGAACUUCCAGUCUGGACACCAUGAUUCCGAAACUAGUCGUCGGGUUGCCAGCGGUAACACUCGUGGUAACGCUCCUCAUCAAUGUACCAAAUAGGGUUGAAGGUCACGGCCGGCUAAUCGAACCGCCAUCCCGAUCUUCGAUGUGGAGGUACGGAUUCAAGACAGAAAGGAAUUACAACGAUAACGAGCUCUUCUGCGGAGGUUAUACGGUUCAAUGGCAGAGAAACGGAGGAAAAUGCGGCGUCUGCGGCGAUCCCUGGCAUCAACCGCAGCCUAGGAACAACGAAGCCGGAGGAAAAUAUGCCAAGGGGAUCAUCGUCAGGAGAUACAAGCGGGGACAAACGAUGAAAGCGACGGUGCAGCUGACAGCCAAUCACCGGGGCUUCUUCGAGUUUCGUCUGUGUCCCGUGAACGACCCCAGCGUGAGGGCGACCGAAGACUGCAUGGUUCAAAAUCCGCUAAGUUUCGCGGAGGAAGGCAGCGGCCCUGCAAACACGCAGUACCUGGUGCCAGGAGGACGGUCACGUGACUUCCCCGUCAAGCUACAGCUGCCACGUGACCUCACCUGUACGCAGUGCGUGCUCCAGUGGACUUACACUGCAGGUAACAACUGGGGACGGUGCGAAAACGGUUCCACCGGCGUCGGCUGCGGACCCCAAGAGACCUUCAGGGGCUGCGCGGACAUCUCCAUCGAAGACACCCCACACGACCCCAACGACAUCGACCAGGACUUAAACCCUCCUCGUCCUUCGUACGCGCCUCCUACCAGGCGUCCACCCCAGGCCUACCCACGUCCUCCUCCCCCAACUCGCCGCGUCUUCCAGAGUACUACCACACGUCGUCCGUGGUGGCAGACCACGACCAAAUCCUGGCGUCGUCCUCAGUACCCUACAAGACGCGUAUACAACAGGCGCCCCUGGUCGACCACGACAACGACCACUACUACGACCACCACACCCCGACCAUACCACGAGGUCGAAGACAACUACGACGAAGACUACGACCCUUACAAUACCGUUGUACCCCAAAGACCUCACCACGAAAUCGAAGGUGAACCCGACUACUACCCCGGAGGCUACACGCAGAGUCACUCCCCAGCGUCUCCACAGACCCAACCCCAACAGCCGAGCGACUCCGACCAAGACCUGCGACCUCAAGAAGUGGAAGGUUCGGACGUCGACUACACCUUCCGUCCUGUACGUCCUGUGCGACCUGGGUACACGGCCGGUUACACGGAGGACCACACCGAGAACCCUGUCUCUAAAAAGUACACCCUCUGGACGAACGAGUACGACGCUGCAGAAAGCGCCAACCCAACCACGAGACUUCUCUACACGUAUCGCUGGCCCGGUACAACGAAGGUCACCCUAGCGCCGAGGAGGAGGACUGCUACCGUUGAAGCCACCACAGUUGGCCCACGUCGAGGUUACGCCCCGGAAACUCCCCAGAAGAGCGGAAGGACCUGUACCGGGGUAGGCGUCUGGAAGCGUCUGCCCGGCAUUGAACAGUGGUGCGUCCUCAACUGUUCGCGGGGAUACUGUCCUGCCAGUCACUGUGCAUGCUGAAGAGGGUGAUGUGUUGACGGCGGUCGCUAAGCAACGAAGCGAAGAUGUUCGCUUCUCCAGUCCUUGUGAAUGGACAGAUCAGGAUGAAACAUUGCGAUGAAUUUGUGCCCCGGUGAGAUUCUUUUUAUGUUCCUGGACUAGUGGCGGCACAUGGAACGGGACCACAGUACCGUAAGGCCCAGCCUUGACGUUAAAAUCUGAUACAGUGUGGUCUAGUGCAAUCUUGUGAAAGCGUUUCGUGGGAAAGUUUCCUGCAGAGCUUUGAUGGUGAGUGCUCGUUGAUGCCACAUGGCAUGAUGAGCUUCCGUGGACUUACUAGUUCCUGUGUGCCUUGUUGGGAUCCAUUCCGAAUUGUGAAACAGUGCCUUGUUUACUUUGCGUGUUACUGGACAUUGAGGACGUUCCUGAUUAGGUCUACUUGCUCCUCUCGACAUCGACGUGUUGCAGGUUCAACAUGUUCGUCUGCCGAGAAUCUUUCCGUGUUCUUUCGGGUCUUUUCUAGUUACAGUUCUUCGUUGUUGUUGUCAAGCUUAUUCCUUCCGUGACUACUCACGACUGUCAUAACACUAAUCUCUACUAUUUAUUUGAAAGAACAGCGUGCCAAGUUUACAACUGCGUCUCCGAAUAACGAAGCUCAGAAUCAUUUACCUCCAAUAGUAUUCAAAUAAUGCAGUGUGAAUGCCGCUAAUACUGUAAACGACGUUAUUACUGACGCUAACACUGCUUCGUCACGUGUCAUGUAUGUGAUUUUCGGCUCCAUUAGUAUUCAUUCUCAUCAGCGGUAUCAUCGUUACCUGCGAUUUUUUGAAAAUUAGUUCGCAGCAUCACGGAACAAAGCAUCACCGGUGGCGAGUGAGGCGAUGAUCGUUAAUUUAUGCAUUUCUAAUUUAUUUACCCAUCAACUGUGCCUAUUUUAAAUUGUUUUGCUCGUACUUUGUUGAUCAAUGUGACGUGUAUUAAUGUGAUUGUGUUAAUGCGUGACUAUGUUAAUGAGACGUACCGUUCCUUUCAGUUUCAUUACCAGAAUUUUGUGCAGUAUUGUUGUGUGUGACGUAAUAAAGAAUCAUUCC